CGCCUUCAUUGAAUUAAGAACCACGGGUCCUGGGCACAGAACAACAGACAUGUUCGAACAUGUUUACGAGAACAUGCUAAAUAGUGACACGUGAGUCUGUGCUAUUUCCAGCCGGGUGUCCUGUUAAGAGCGGCAGGAUGAAACAAACCUCAGGGCAUUAUAGGGCCAUGAUGGAUCAAUUAUUGCAAACUGGAGACCUAGUUCCCAACAGCCAUAAAAUGAUCAGCGCCGGUCAGUGGAGUCUUUUCUCUCUCAAAGAGAACAAUGACAGAAGAUCGACUGGUAGUGAGGACAAGCACCGUAGAUGCAUGUGACCGAAGAUGGGGGACUGGAAUUUGUUAGGGAGCAUUUUAGAGGAGGUCCAUAUUCACUCCACCAUCGUGGGGAAGAUCUGGCUCACCAUCCUCUUCAUUUUCCGCAUGCUCGUGCUCGGCGUUGCGGCCGAGGACGUCUGGGACGAUGAACAGAGCGAGUUUGUUUGCAACACAGAUCAACCUGGCUGCAAGAAUGUCUGCUAUGACCAGGCUUUCCCCAUCUCCCUGAUUCGCUACUGGGUGCUUCAGAUCAUAUUCGUGUCCUCUCCGUCACUGGUCUACAUGGGGCACGCGCUGUACCGUCUGAGAACCCUUGACAAGGAGAGACACCGAAGAAAAGCCUGUCUGAAGGCUGAGCUGGAGGGGACAGACCCAGUCCAAGACCAUAAGCGAAUCGAGCGAGAGCUCAGGAAACUCGAGGAACAGAAGAAAGUACGGAAAGCUCCCCUUCAAGGCUCUCUACUGCGAACGUAUGUUUUCCAUAUCUUGACCAGAUCUGUGGUGGAAGUGGGUUUCAUUAUAGGUCAGUGUGCUCUGUACGGCGUUGGACUGUCUCCUCUGUACCGAUGUGAGAGGUUGCCUUGCCCAAACAGUGUGGAUUGUUUUGUCUCUCGACCAACAGAGAAGAACUUCUUCAUUGUUUUUAUGCUGGUGAUCUCCGGAGUCUCUUUAUUCCUCAAUCUGCUUGAGAUCUUCCAUCUCGGGGUGAGAAAGAUCAAACAAAGUUUGUAUGGUUAUAAGUAUGGAGACAACGACAGCGUGUGCAGGUUGAAGAAAAACUCCACGCAGCAGCAGGCUUGCAUACUCCCAACUUCCUCCCCACAGAGGCUGAUGCCGCGUACGCAAAUAACCUGCUCGUUUGUGUCCGGCCGUGAUGGAGACACUCAGGAAUCAACCGCCGUAGCCCCUCGUGCUCAGGAGCCGAACAGCACCAACCACCUGCCGGCGCAGGCUUACCAGCCAAGCCAAGGCGACAUCCAGAGCCUCGACGUGGGGAGACGGUCAUCUUACAGCGACGACUCGGACGUACCUCAGAACCCGGUCAUGCUGCAGCAUACGGGACCUCGACCUACUUUAAUGAGCAGCCACAUGAAUAUCCCCGCAGCCCUGAACUUCUCACAAAGAAAGCAGAGCAGGGUGAGCGUAUACAAAGAACUCAGCGAUGCAAGCGUUUCACUCGGAAGCGACCGCUUCCCAACGGCCAGGAAGAGCAGCUUCAUGUCCCGAGGAAUGUCUGAUGGAAGGCAGGGCACUCCUUCCGUCAGCCUGGAUUCUAUCAGUGGAACAAAUACCGAGGCUCAGCACUUCCACCAGGAAGAGAGUCCUGUGGUGACGCCACCGCCUCCGGGCACUGGGAGGAGGAUGUCUAUGAACAUGAUCCUGGAGCUCUCUUCAAUCAUGAAAAAGUGAAUUUGGAGCUGAGGUGUGUUGCGUGGACGCGGCCUCAGCAGACGUAACCCUGUCCUGUUUCUUAGUGUGUGUGUGUUAUUCACAAUCAUGUAACAUGCCGCUAACUAAUGAUCCUAUAAUGAUCCACAUAAUAUAUGAAUGCCAUUUGUUUUUGGCUCAACAAACUAACAACAACAAGCUAAAAGGAUACUGCAUUUGUAGGCAUGCUCUGGAUAAAUCAGCCCAAUACUGGACAAAUUUACUGGUCAGAUAUCAGAAAAAAUAUAUAUAUAAUCCCUCAAGCCGAUCCAAAAGCCCAAACACUCGCAUCAAUACUCAGUUCAACAUCACACCCUGUGCUGCAAACCAGUGAUGUGCACUCAGGGGAGGUGUGUGAGGCGAAGCUCAGUAAUAACAUUAAAUAAUAUGAAUAUUUGCCCUUUGAACUGUAUUAGAAAUGUAUUUUCUCUAUGAUUCCAAUCAAAUUCUUAUGUAAAAAUGGCUGAAUUUGCACAUUUCCUGCUCAAAUACAGGGCAGAACCCUCCAAUGAGGCUGCCGCCAGCCUCUCUUCUCUGCUUGGUGCGCUAGCCAUGCCUACCGUGUGAGUGCACUGAGUUGGAUCACGGCGCCUGCCUGUCUGCGUGUGGCCAAUAAUAUACUGUAAUGUUGCGGAAAAAUGUAUUAUACACCAUGACUGUCUACAGCCUGUGUAAUGCCUUUUAACGUCAUGUGUGACAUCAUUAUUCUUGUUCAUCCCACA